AUGAGUUUGCAAUAGAUUGAACAACUCAUAAAUCAAAUAAAAACAAGUUAUUAGAUGCCAAAUAAAGAGUUUUAAAAUACAUUCAAGCAUUUUGAGAAUUGUGUUUAAUCAUUAAAAAAAGAGAAUUAAGAAUAAUUGAAUAAAGUUUAUAAGGCUUUGAAGAGAUUUCGAAGAAGAUUGGAAAAUGAGUUGAAAUUAAAUUAGACUGAUUAUCAUGCAUUUAUAAAAAAAUGGAAAACUAUGAAUAUAACAUUUGUUCCUCUAGUUUAUGAUGUGAAAUUGGAUUUUAGUAAAAAGAUAUAAACUCUAAGUAAAAUGAUAUAGUAUAUGAAGAAUAUGAGGAUUUAAUAAAUGUUAAUUUUAAUCAUCACCAUUAUACAAGCAAGGAAAUGUUGAAAGCAUCUAUGAUGAUAUUUCAUCAUUUGGAAGUAAUUUAGCUGGGUUAAAUGCUAGGUUGAACAAUAUGCAAAUUACAAUAAUUUAGAGAAUCUAUUGACAUAAAUUAAUCUAAAUUAUAACAUCGUUUCUUAUCAUAAUUUUACUCAUGCAUUUGCUUUAUUCUAAGUAUCUAUUAUAUAUAAAUUAGUUAUUAUUUUGUGUUUAUGAGAAAUCUGAUCUUAAAUAUUUUGUUACUAAGUAAGACAUAUUUGCAGCUUUAUUGGCAAGCUUAAGUCAUGAUCUAAAUCAUAGUAAUAAAUGAAUUAAUAAUAUUAAAGAGGGAGUCAAUAAUUUAUACAAAGUUAAGAAAUCCAAAAAAAUAAAUAAAAAUAUAUGUGAAUAAGCAGUUCUUGAAACUAUGCAUGUUUCAACUUUAUUCAAUAUUAUGGCUAAGAAUCAGUAACUAAAUUUUUUAAAUUAAUUGCCUAAUAUAUAAUAACAAGAAAUUAAGAGAAUAAUAGUGAGUUCUAUCUUAGCCACAGAUAUGGGAUAACAUUUUAAUAUCUUUAGUAGUUUCAAAGAUAGAGUAAAUGCAACUAUUGAUUUACGUGAUAAUCAGAAUAUAACUGAUCCAUUAAUUAGAUAUAGAGGAUUUAACAAAGAUAACUUUGAUGAUAGAAAAGUAAUUAUUAAUAUUUAAAUUAGUUUAUAUUAAAUGUAUUGGUUCAUGCUUGUGAUAUUUCAAAUCCAUGUUUGGAGUGGGAUGCAUAUAUGAAAUGGUCUUUUUUAUUAGCUUAAGAGUUUUAAGAUUAAGUAUAUAAUAUAUUAAAAUAGACUAUAAAAGAGGCAGCAAAAGGUUUAGAAGUAACAACAAUGUUGUAAUAUAAAGAUAAACUUACCUUCUUUAAUGGCUAAACAUUUUUCUUAAGUAAUUUUGAAUAUAUAUUUAAUUCUUAGAUACAUUUGUAUUGCCAUAAUGGUAGACAAUUGCAACAUUGUAUCCAAGUCUCAUUGAUUUACCUAAUGAAGUCAAGAGAAAUCUGGAAAUUUUAGAAGAAGAGAAAAAGAAGUUAACCAAUUGA